AUGCCUCCUCCGAGACAAGGCCGUUAUCAACCUGCCCGGGAAUUUCACGUUGUUGUGUUAGGUGCAGGCGGUGUCGGGAAGAGUUGUCUUACAGCUCAAUUUGUACACAACGAAUGGAUUGAGAGUUAUGACCCAACCAUCGAAGACUCGUAUCGAACCCAGGUGGCCGUCGAUGGUCGUCAGGUAGUUCUGGAGAUUCUGGAUACUGCAGGCACUGAACAGUUUGUUGCUAUGCGGGAUCUGUACAUGAAGACUGGUCAAGGGUUUUUACUAGUCUACAGCAUCACUUCAAGCUCGUCAUUAACUGAGCUGGCGGGGCUUCGUGAUGAGAUCAUCCGUAUCAAAGACGACGAGACCGUGCCAAUUGUUAUCUGUGGAAACAAAGCCGAUCUAGAAGACCAACGGUCCGUGCCACGCACCAAAGGCUUCCAAAUCUCGGAGAGAUGGGGUGCGCCAUACUAUGAAGCUAGUGCUCGGACGAAGACAAACGUUGACGAGGUAUUCAUCGAUCUAUGUCGACAAAUGCUACGAAAAUAUGAUGCCGCGGAGCCCUGCGCCGAGGAUCAAGAUGACAAGUUCGAUCCGUACUCCAUAUCCUACUAUAAAAGACGAAGACGGAGGAAAGACGGGGAGCGAGGUUCAAGCCAUCGACCUAAAUGUGUUAUUCUAUGA